CCUUAGAUUAAAAGUCACCCACAACUUUAUUUUAAUCAUGGUUUACGCCAUGAUGAGAAGAAUUCCAUUUAAGAAUAAAUUCGCAAGUUUCUGGUCAUAUAAUUCAGUUUGAUUUAGCCAAUUGCAGAGCUCAAAUCUUAAGGUCUUUGCCUCUCGGUUUUAGGUUUCUUGAAUCUGUUUCCGUAAGUUGGUCAUCCGCAGUGGAUAGAGAAAGCAAUGAUGCAGAAAAGGGAGCAUGCAUCAAUUGGUAUCAAGGAGCUGGCGGAUACAUUGAAUGGGAAGCUUAGCACCUUGCAUCCUUUGUCCGGGAACAGUUGCAUUUAUAGAAUUUCUCAACGAAUCCGACAGUUAAACGAAAGCGCAUGCACUCCUCGGACAGUUUCCAUCGGUCCAUUUCACCAUGGCAAAGAGGAACUAAAAGCCAUGGAAGAACAAAAACUGGCAUUCUUACGAGAUUUCCUUGAACGAACAGAGAUAAGUAUUAUGGAUUUUCUAUUAUAUAUAAAGGAUAAAGAAGUAGAACUGCGUGAAUAUUAUGCAGAAACCAUUAAUAUAGGAAGUAAUGAGUUUGUAGAAAUGAUGUUACUUGAUGCAGCCUUUAUCAUUGAAUUUUUACUAAAGCUCAGUAUCUCCGGUGGAGGGCAUUUUGCAGAGACAUCUUAUUCCACCGCUUUUGACAUAUGGCCUGACAUAUGGAAGCUAGAAAAUCAACUUCCAAUGUUCAUGCUUAAGGGCUUGUUUGAGCUAGCCACGAACGGAAUGUCUAAUAACCUUUCCCUGUGCAAACUAAUCCAUAAUUUGUUGAUCAAUUCAAUUGGUUAUUAUCUAAAGAAGAUAGAAGAAGAUUUGGUCGAAAUCCGUUUUUCUGAAGCGAAGCACUUACUCGAUUGGUUAAGAGUUUGUCUUCAACCACCAGAGUUGCACUCACAAAAUGAAUUCAAAACUGCAACCACACCUACUAUAACAGAACUUGAGCAAGCUGGAGUCAAGUUUAAGGUUGGUUCAAGCAAAUAUUUUUCUGAUAUCACAUUCAAAAAUGGGAUUCUGGAAAUUCCAAAAUUGUUAAUAGCUGCUGAUACGGAAAUCUUGUUCAUGAAUCUCCUAGCUUAUGAGCAAUUAAAUUGCAGUACCAGAUAUUCGAAUGACUACAUUGUACUUAUGAAUCACCUUGUUCGCACUCGAAAAGAUGAGGAAAUACUCAUUCAAAAUGGAGUUAUUGAAGAUUAUAUCUGGGGUAAAGAAGGAGGGACAGCUGUUUUUCAGAAGCUUGGCCAAGAGAGUUUUACAAAGACUGCGUCGUUUUACUAUACAGAUCUUGUUGAUCAACUAAACGCCUACUGUAGAACCCCGUGGAACAAGUGGAGGGCGGCCUUGAAACAAAAUUAUUUCAACACUCCAUGGGCUUCUAUCUCUGUCAUUGCAGCUGUAAUUCUUCUCGUUCUCACCUUCAUACAAGCAGUUUGUUCUGUCAUUGCGUUGUAGCUAUUUCGAGAUACCUUUGCAAGGAUUUCAUUUAUAUGCCAGUUUAAUAUGAGAAUUAAUUAAGAGAGGAUGAUUGUGUAAAAUGGCUGCUUGUUUAUUUUUACCACUGUGUAUGAUUUUACAAAUGUUCUGAGUGAUGAAUUG